AUAAUACGGCGUCAAAUGCUGACAAUGAAUAAUGUUUAGUACCUACCUAAAAUAUUAUACAACAAUCUCAUAAAAAUUCGUAAACUCGACCAAUAAUUUAACAUACUUAAUAUAUUUUAUGCAGCGCUUUAUAACCAUAUAUUUAUUAGAUUACCAAUACGUAUGUUUUUUAAACGCACACCUUACAGCCUGUAUGUAGACUGGCGACUGCAGACGCACCUGUUGACUGUUUAGUGUAAUAUUGUUAGUUAUGUCUGGCUGUCGAUUAAAACCAUUUAUUAAAAUUCCAGAACCCAAAACAUGGCCUUUAAUUGGCCAUACUUACUUGUUUCUUCCUGUGAUUGGACCUUACAGCAGCGAACGUCUGACCGAAGCAAUUGGUCAUUUAGAAUGCAACCUUGGUUCAGUGUUCAAACUUAUAUUGGGUGGUCGCACAAUGGUAGUUACAACUAGGGCCGAUGAUGCCAAGACUAUGUUUACCAACGAGGGUAAGACUCCUGUGAGACCUGGAUUCCCAGCAUUAAAUAUACUGAGACAGAAGCUUUUCAACACUGGAGGAUUAAUAUCAGAGAAUGGUGCUGAAUGGUAUAGACUUAGGAAAGCUUUAGCUCCAUUACAAACAAAACAAAUUUAUGAAAGUUACGCUUCUAAACAUCAUGAAGUUGCAGUGGAUUUUAUAGAUUAUAUAAAGAAAAAUCGUAACAAUGACAACAGUUUACAAGAUGUGUUUUAUCAUAUGAUUAAAUUUUCUAUUGAUGCAAUAUCUGUAGUAUCCCCUGGCUCGAGAAUAAAAUGUUCAAAUACAUAUGCUUCAGAACAUAUGGCAGAAGCAGGCAUUGACUUUAUGGAAGGCUUAUACCGUAGUUUAAUGGAGCCACCAAUCUGGAAUUUUUAUAAAACAAAAGCAUAUACAAAAUUAGAACGUUCACAUUCCGUUGUAUUGAAUUUUAUUAAUAAAUGUUUAAAACAAAACAACAAUGAGAACAACAAUUUAAUCGAUGCAAUGUGCAACAAUACAAAAAUAUCAAAUCUUGAUAUUAAACUUCUCUUAUUGGAAGUUUUCUUUGGUGGAAUAGAUGCGACGGCAACUACUUUAACAAUGACAAUGUACUACUUAUCUCAAAAUCAAGAGUUACAACAAGCUUGUCGAGAUGAUGCAGAAAGAGGCACCAAGUCAUUUCUUACAGCUUGCAUCAAAGAAACACUGAGGUUGUCCCCUACUGGAGGAGCAAAUUCUCGAAUUUUAUCUAACAAAGUGGUUAUUGGACAGUAUGAAAUUCCACCAAAUAUAUUGGUAAUGGCGUUCAAUUCAUUAACAUCAAUCAGUAAAGAGUACUUUGAUGAUCCAUUAAAAUAUAGACCACAAAGGUGGCUAAGAACAUCAGGUGUUAGCAAAUUUCAUCCUUAUGCGUCUUUACCAUUUGGCCAUGGCCCUAGAAUGUGCCCAGGACGUAGUCUAGCUAUGCAGGAAAUGACAACACUCUUAUCCGAGAUAUUUAAGAAUUUCAACCUUUGUACCAAAAAUACUAAAAAAGUCAACAUGAUUUAUCGUAUGAACAGAAUACCGGACAGAAAAAUAAACAUAAUAUUUAAUGAUAAAUAAAAUCAUAUUUUAUAUGAAAAACAUUUAUUAAUUUUUAUCUCUUAACAAUUUUCAACAUUUGUGAAAUAAAAAUGUAUCGCUAAAUAUAAAGCGAGUGCUACUAUAA